AGUCUUACAGUCACGGUAUUCCCUUUUUGAGAGGUUAUUCUUUGCCUUUUUUCCCUUUUUCUUUAUUCAAUAUGAAAAGCAUUCAGUGGCUAUUGUUUGCCAUAGGACUAUUACCAACCACAACAUUAUGCCAAACAUUCAACUAUGCGACUACAUUUCCAAAAAAUAAACUUUAUAGUCUGAAACCAGAUACAAUAGGUCUCGAUAAGAUUGACGGCACGAUUGCCGCAUUUGGAGAUUUUAACGGCGAUAAAUUUACAGACUUGUUUAUCCUAAGUGCGGACCAGACCUCAGUUGCAGUUUACUUAUGGGAUCACUCAAGCUUCACAUUUCGACCGUUACCCAAUAACAAACUGAUUCAACCAGGAUUUAUUAUUACAAAUGUAGUACCAGGAGACUACAACUAUGAUGGUCAUUUAGACGUUUUACUUAUGGGCGAAGAGAGUCCAGAAAAAUUCAAUGAAAUUAAAAUGCAGAUAUAUCUUGGCAAUGGCAAUGAUACCUUUGAAGAAGAAAAUAUCAAGCUUCCUUCAGCUCAGCAUGCCCUGCCUAUCGUAUUAGAUAUUAAUGGAGACAUGAAGACAGAUAUUUUGGGUUAUGCAAAAUCAACAAAUGAACUAAGCACAUGGAUCAACACAGGGAAUACAAGCUCUUUAUUUAAUCUAACAUCAGCCAAUGUCAUCUUUCAAAAGGAAUCUAUUGACAAAUGCACUUGGGCAAGCCCACAUUCGAAUGCUUUUGUCGAUUUAGAUGGUGAUUGUCUUGCAGAUUUGGUGUUUGUGUGCGCCAAAUCAAGUAAAUCACAGUCAAUACAGAUCCAUGUCAAUUCAAGACAAGAUGGUUUCAAGUUGGCACAAGAGUUGGAUUUACCAUCAGGCGCUGGUCCUUUGAGUUUUGCAGAUAUAGAUGGAGAUGGAUCUAUUGAUAUCGUAUUCCCUGUCUGUGAAGGCUCCAAAUGCAGUAUUCAUAUCGUUUAUAAUCAGCAGAUGGGACUAUGUACGAAAAACAAGGAAGGAACAGGAUGCAGAAAGGCAAAUGCACUGUGUAUUGCCGAUUCCAAUUUUAAGUUUGAUUUCACAAAACCUAACACAGAGAAUUAUGUUGUAUAUGAUAUUAAUGAAUAUCUGAAUCCCAAGGAAACUAUUUUCACUCUAGAUAAUCAUUUUAGAGGCAAAUUACCUGUGCCUGUUCAUACAGGAGACUACAAUAUGGAUGGAUAUCCUGAUUUGCUUGUAACCACUAGUCAACGUGCCAUCCUACUCCAAUCGAUUCUUUGUAACUCAAAAAUGUGUACAGAUAAAGCAACAAAGCUAGGAAGAAGAACAUUUUCAGUUGUCAGAGCUGGAUCAGAUGCUUUAGAAAAAGUAGCUCAUCCCAGGCAAGCAGCAUUUUUUGACAUUGAUGAAGAUGGAUCGCUGGACAUACUUGUCCUUCAGUCAACAUCCUCAUCUGAUGCGGGUCGUAUACCCAACUUUAUUAUCAACAAUUAUUUUAAUGAUGCUUUUUUCUUGAAAGGAUUAGUGUCAAACGGAGUGUCUAAUCAAAAGGCAUACGGUGUAAGUUACCCCGGCGCAUCAUUGAAAUUCACAGUGUUGGAUACAUCUGGAGUCAAGAGAUCACAUCAAAUCACACAACUAUCUCAAUCUGCUUAUCUUCCUCUCUUGACACCUUACUGUCUAUUUGGUUUAGGAAGAACAAAUAAUUAUGUCGAGGAAAUGUUUGCAGGAGUUACAAGACAUCAAGAGAAAAACUAUUACUUUUAUGAAGGCGUGAUACCCAAUUCACAGUUGGUCAUCUUGCCUUAUCAGCCUGAUGAUGUACAGGAUAGCUCAUCAUGGAAAGUUGAAUUGUAUAUUAAACCCGGUGAUUAUAUACCUUGGGUGCUGGGUGUAUUAACAACAGCAGCUGUCAUCUUGGGAAUUGUGGUGGCUGCACUUCGCAUCAUGGAAAAACGAGAAGAUGAAAUGGAAAGGCAAAAAGCUUUACAUAUUAUUAACUUUGAUGCACUGUAAAAAAAACUAAGAACUAAUGGAUAAAUAAAUAAUGUAUUAUUCGCUUUAU